UGUUCGUAGCGGUGGCCGUUAAGUCAUGGAGUCGGGUAUGGAGGAGCUGAUGCCGCGACUGCUGCCUGUGGAAGACUGUGAUUUGGCUGAGGACUUCGACCCCACGGUGCCUCCCAGGACACCCCAGGAGUAUCUGAAGCGCGUCCAGAUUGAAGCAGCUCGAUGUCCAGAUGUGGUUGUGGCGCAAAUAGACCCCAGAAAACUGAGGAAGAAGCAGACAGUGAAUGUUUCAAUUUCCGGAUGUCAGCCUGCUCCUGAAGGAUACUCCCCAACACUCAAGUGGCAGCAGCAGCAAGUGGCCAAUUUCUCAGCUGUUCGUCAGAGCCUGAACAAGCACCGAAAUCACUGGCAGUCACAACAUUUGGACAGCAAUGUUACUAUGCCAAAGCCAGAGGAUGAAGAAGGCUGGAAGAAGUUCUGCCUAGGUGAAAGAAUAUACUCGGAAAUAGAUACACAAUCUGAUGAUGAAAGUCUAGGAAUCAAUUACAUAAAGGUUGGCUUUCCCCCUCUGCUAAGUAUUGUAAGCAGAAUGAAUCAGGCAACAGUAACCACUGUCUUGGAAUACCUGGUCAGCUGGUUUGGGGAGAAAAAUUUUACUCCAGAACUGGGUAGAUGGCUUUAUGCACUGUUGGCAUGCCUUGAAAAACCUCUGCUACCUGAAGCUCACUCCCUUAUUCGACAGCUGGCAAGACGAUGCUCAGAAGUCAGAGUACUAGGGGAGAACAAGAAUGAAGAACAAAUAUCAGCUCUGAACUUGAUAAUCUGCUUAGUUAGCAGGUACUUUGAUCAGCGUGACUUGGCUGAUGAGCCUUCCUAGACUGUUUUGAGAAUAUCAAGUAUUUUGUGUUGUCAUAGUACAAACAGCAUUGUCCGAGUUAACAGCAAGACUCUGCACUGUUCAGACCUGAAGUACGAUACAAGCCCUUCAGAGCACCCUUACGAUAAUGCACUUGGGACCGCUGUGAAUAACUUCAGCUGAGCUGUAGCACAAAUUGUCAGUGUCCUUGGUAUCAUCAUCACAAAAUGGUCAAUGAAGUGUCUGACAUCAUCUCUCAAGGUACUGUCUCUGUAAACUACAUUCUUAGUUAGAAAUUUCUACCAUAUGUGUAAUCCUGUGGACACUGCUAUUAAGUGAAAUCUGAAGUUACAUUACAAAUGGGUUGUUCUUUAUCUAACACACACCCACUAAAGUCUUUCUUUUAAAAAACUUAAGCAUUUUGAAGAGCUUUCAUAAAUACUGUGGCUUUUCUCAUUCUUCCUGAUAUUCAACAGCAGCCUUACCAUAGAAAUCUACACAGCUAGGGCUGAAUGUGUUUGUUUUUUUCAAGCUUUGGUUCCUGAGCUUCAACAUGGCUAAGCAGUUCAGCUAUAGCCACUAACUUCCUUAACUUAAUAAA